AUGCGAGACUUGUGGUUGAUAUCCGUCCCGUUGGAUAAGACCAGUGUAAAGAGUGUUGAGAAACUUCAGCGCAUCAUUGGCAAGACUAACCAGGCAUCUUGCUACAAAUUCACCAUUCCAGAUCUGAAGGUUGGAAUACUGGACAGUCUUCUCAGUGUGUCAGAUGAACUCUACACACUUGAUGCCUUGACUGAAAGUGUUCUGAACAAAACAUGUCAGCGUAUGAGAGAAACGAUGGAGCAGGACCAAGUGAUGGCAAACGUCUUAGCCGACGGAGUGGGCAUUCUAAACUAUGUGACCAACUUCCAUUGGGACAAGGCCAAGUAUCCCACAUCACUGCCUCUCUCCAGCCUGGUAAACAUCAUCAAUAAGGAGGUUUCACAAGUGGAAACAGAAUUAAAAUCCCGAUCUGCUGUGUACAACAGUGUAAACGCAAGCUUGCAGUGCCUGGAACACACAUUGGGAGGGAGUUUGCAAACAUGCAGCCUGAACGGUAUGGUGAGGAGAGAAGAUCUGGUGGUGUCAGAAUACCUCACUAGUUUGCUGGCGGUGGUGAGCAGGGGGGACUAUGUGAAUUGGGAGCAGAAGUACGAAUCACUGUCAGAGUUUGUGGUGCCUCGGUCAAGCAGGAAACUCUACGAGGACGGAGAACGGGGCAUUUUUUCAGUGACACUUUUCAAACGAGACGUUUAUGAAUUCAAAGCCAAAGCUCAGGAAAGCAAGUUCACUGUGCGCGAGUACUGCUUCGACCUGGAGGAGAAGCAGCAACGGGAGUGGAAGGAGCUCCGUGUUCACAGAAAACAACAAUAUGAUGUGUUUGUGCAUUGGCUGAAGGUGAAUUUUAGCCAGGUGUUUAUGGCCUGGAUUCAUCUGAAAGCAGCAAGGGUCUUUGUGGAGUCAGUACUCCGGUAUGGAUUACCUGUCAACUAUCAGGCCCUUCUGCUUCAGUCAGACAGGAAGUGUUCCGAGAAAAUGAGACAAGAACUUGCCUCAUUGUUCGUGCAUCUCGACCCGACCGCCGAUGUCAGCGAGACAGACGUGACCUGUGACAUUCCAGGACUCUUCCAGCAGGAGUACUUCUCCUACAUCUGCUUUUAUGUUAACACCAACAUGCUGGACUUCAGCUAA